UUUGUAAAAAAUUGUGGAACUAAACAAGGCCUCAAUGGAUGUAGAAGUAGAAUCAACGCUUGUGGAGGAAUCACUGACUGUAGAAGUAAAAUCACCGCUUGUGGAAUCGCCCGGCAGCUGCUCAUUCACCUUUCCUCUAAGAGCCCCUUCGCCGUCACCGUCACCGUCAGCGCCACCGCCGGCGCCAGCCACCACAGCAUCAGCGUGCUUCUCGCCGGGCGCCAGCUCUCCCUCUCUCCUUUUGGAGGUCCGCCCCUGCGACGGAACCUCCACACCCCGGGUGGCCGCAUCAUCCACUUCCGCCUUCCUUUUGGUGCAGCACGCCUUCAUCGGGCCCUCAGCCACCGACGCCUCCGACGACGAUGACAGCCCCUAGAAACCAAACCCACUGGCCAUCGCAAGAUCUCACCGACCGCCGGCCACUCGUGUCCUCUUCGUGCGUGUGACUCUUCGCUUGAUUCGAUCUGGAAGCUGGAUCAAUGGAGAUUGUGGAUGAGACUUGAGAGGAGGCGCUCUCCAGGUUAUAAAGGUGGCACCGCACACAACCCUAGCGAGGACAUGCUUCGGUCGGACUCGGCCCGCGAGUGAAAACGGAGAAAAGGGUGAAGUUCUUGAAAAAACGGCGGCCCGCGGGUCGACCGAAAACAAUACGGACCACUAGUGGCCUACGACGCCCUGCGGGAUGCUGUGCCGCGGCCGCCGCCGUCCGGGGCUGUGGCGUUGGCCGGUGGAGCUGCGGCGGCUGUCCCGGCUGGCUCCGCCGGCGCCUGCGGCUGCCGACCCGGUGGUGGUCCGCGUGGACGCCAGCAACGUCGCGCGGUUGGGGCCGCCCAAGCCCGGGCCGAGGCCGCGGCAGCUGCUCUCGCUGCCGGCGUUCCCCGCAGGGCUGGACCCUCUCCCGGGAAGGAAGGCGGCGCCGCGUCGCGUGACGGUGGUGAGCUGGGUGAAGCACUACUUCGCCGACGUGCCGCACGAGGCUGUGCAGGCGCACUUCAACAGGAGAACGGUUUUUUCUGAGUGCUCUGACCACGAGGUUUCAGCUGACAGCAUUCGAACUCAGAAGCAUCAUCUGAAAAAGGUGGCAGUGAAUUUGUUGCAGAUUAAACAUAAUGAUGCUAUGGAGCCUGGAAUGAGAAUUCACCUUCCUGUUUCAGUGGCUGAGGGCGAGAUAAAGAAGCGUUAUGAGACCAUUCCGACUGCCACAUUGCAUCCUAAUAAAGAUGAGAUUGAGUACCUGAGGAGGCUUGUUAUCCACAGGGACUCUGCUAUAUUGGUGCUUAACAAGCCCCCCAAAGUGCCCAUGAAAGGACAUUUGCCAGUACAUAACAGCAUGGAUGUGCUUGCAGCUGCAGCACUGUCAUAUGGAAACAAAGAGGGUCCGAAAUUGGUCCAUCGAUUGGACAGAGAAAGCAGCGGUUUGAUUUUGAUGGGCAGAACAAAAGAAAGUUUUACUCGGCUGCACUGGCUUUUCACUAGUGUAAAUUUAGCUAGAACAUCUUCUCAGACAUGGAAUAAAGCCUGUGAAGCAUACGUGCAGAAGUAUUGGGCACUAGUCAUUGGUACUCCUAAAGAAAGGGAAGGAGUUAUAUGUGCUCCUAUCUCAAAGGUACUUCUUGAUGACGGGAAAGCUGAGAGGGUCAUUCUGGCACAUCCUUCUGGCAUAGAUGGCGCACAAGAGGCAAUAACAGAGUAUCGGGUGAUGGGACCAACCAUCAACGGGUGCUCAUGGAUCGAGCUACGCCCAUUAACUGGGCGGAAGCACCAGCUCCGAGUCCACUGUGCCGAAGCCCUCGGCACUCCCAUUGUCGGGGAUUACAAAUAUGGUUGGUUUGUGCACCAAACAUGGAAGCAAAAUCCCCAGCCUGACUUUGAGCCGUUCACUGGAGAGCCAUACAAGCUGAGACGGCCAGAAGGCUUGGAGAUUCAGAAGGGCAGUGUUCUGUCAAAAGUCCCUUUGCUACACCUGCAUUGCCGGGAGAUGGUCAUCCCCAACAUUGCAAAGUUCCUGAGCAGCACUGGAGAAUGGCACGAAAACGGCGCCCCAUGGGCCAAGGAGAAACCCAAUCUCCUAAGAUUCGUCGCACCAAUGCCUCCACACAUGAAAAUUAGUUGGAAUAUAAUGUCUUCAUACCUAGUGUAAUCUCUGUAUUUUUGCUUCCAUGCCUCUCUUCUCUAGCUGCUUAUGUUAACCCCAAGUUCCAUAUUGUGCUGCUUAGGUAGUUAAGUUGUUUGUUCAAGAUUCUGAGAUUGUAGCCACCAUUUCGGAAUCAAUGCACAAAACUAUUGAUGCGAGUAUAAAUCAUUUUCCGAGAGUAUAUAAAUCA